AUGGGAGCUCUACGAUGGUUCUACAUUCUUGCUGCGGCUUCAGCGGCUUCAGCACUGACCCCCGAGCAAUUGAUUAGUGCUCCGCGGAGAGACGAAGUCAUCCCCAACCCAUCUGGAGCUCUCGGUCUCUUCUCCGUCUCCCAGUACUCCUUUGACACCCAUUCCGGAAGCUCAUGGUGGAGCCUGAUUGACCUGAAGUCGGGUGAGACCAGCACACUCACUAAUGACAGUAAUGUCUCUGAGAUCAUCUGGCUUGGCACGGAUGAUUCCACUAUCCUCUAUAUCAAUAGUACCAACGCAGACAUUCCCGGUGGUGUCGAGCUGUGGGUCUCAGAUAUCGCAAACUUCCAGAACGGAUACAAGGCAGCCUCCCUGCCAGCGAACUUCCUCGGUCUCAAGACAGCUGUCACGGACUCGGGUGAUGUACGGUUCAUCCUUCGUGGCAAGGCUUAUGGCAACGGCACGGCCUACAAUGAGAAGCUAGCUGAGAAGUCCCUAAGCUCCGCUCGCAUCUAUGACAGUCUCUACAUCCGCCAUUGGAAUACGUACCUUACCCCACCCUCUCAUGCUGUAUUCUCGGGUACAUUGAGCAGCUCGGCUGGAGGUAACGGCACAGGUCGUUAUGCUUCGGAAGCUGGUCUUACGAAUCUGGUAUCCCCCAUCAAGAAUGCUGAGAGCCCUUAUCCUCCCUUUGGAGGAAACUCGGACUAUGAUCUUUCGCCCGACGGCAACUGGGUAGCUUUUAAAAGCAAGGCCCCAGAGCUACCUCGUGCCAACCUUACAACUUCUUACAUCUAUCUUGUGCCCCAUGAUGGUUCGGAGAAGGCUGUCGCGAUCAAUGGACCCAAGAGUGCCGUCACUCCUGCUGGGGUUCAAGGAGAUUCUAGCAACCCCGUCUUCUCUCCCAACAGUGACAAACUUGCAUACUUCCAGAUGGAAGACAGACAGUACGAGUCCGACAGGCGCACUUUGUACGUCUAUACUAUCGGUGCUAAUGAGUCCAUCGCCACACUUGCCAAGAACUGGGAUCGAUCGCCGGACACAGUAGCUUGGGUCGAUUCAGACAAUCUUGUCGUUACAAGUGAGGAUUACGGUCGAACCAGGCUUUUCGCCAUUCCAGCGGAUGCAGGAGAUGACUUCAAGCCGAAGAAUUUCACCGACAGUGGCUCUGUAGCGGCGUAUCAUGUCCUGCCAGAUUCCACUAUCCUUGUCACCGGAAAGGCCAUGUGGACAAGUUGGGCUAUCUAUACAGCUAGUCCCGACCAGGGGGUCAUCAAGACACUGGCAUCCGCCAACGAGAUUGAUCCCGAGCUUGCUGGAUUGAGCUCUGCUGAUAUUGAUGAGUUUUAUUACCAAGGUAAUUGGACCGAGAUUCAUUCCUGGAUCAUCUAUCCGGAGGGCUUCGACAAGAGCAAGACAUAUCCUUUCGUUCUAUACAUCCACGGUGGACCCCAAGGCUCAUGGGCUGAUUCCUGGAGCACGCGCUGGAAUCCCAAGGUCUUUGCCGAUCAGGGCUACGUCGUCAUCGCCCCGAAUCCAACGGGCAGUACUGGCUUUGGAGAUGCCCUCACCGACGCCAUCGCAAAUGACUGGGGAGGCGCUCCCUACGACGACCUCGUGAAAGCCUGGCAGCACGUCCACGACAAAUUCGACUUCAUCGACACCGACCACGGCGUCGCUGCCGGCGCCAGCUACGGCGGAUUCAUGGUCAACUGGAUCCAGGGCUCGGAGCUGGGCCGCAAGCUCAAGGCGCUCGUCUCUCACGAUGGGACAUUCGUUGCCGAUGCGAAGAUCGCCACCGACGAGUUGUGGUUCAUCGAGCAUGACUUCAACGGCACCUUCUGGGCCAACCGCGACAACUACCGUCGCUUCGACCCCUCCGCCCCCGAACGAAUCCUCCAGUUCUCGACCCCGCAGCUCGUCGUUCACAGCGACAAGGACUACCGACUCGACGUGGCCGAGGGCAUCGCCUUGUUCAACGUCCUCCAGGAGCGCGGCGUGCCGAGUCGGUUCUUGAACUUCCCCGAUGAGGAUCACUGGGUCACCAAUCAGGAGAACAGCCUCGUCUGGCAUCAGCAGGUCCUUGGUUGGUUGAAUCGGUACUCCGGCGUGGAGGAGUCGAACCCGCACGCCGUCCGGUUGGAGGACACGGUGGUUCCGGCGGUAGAUUUUGACUCUUGA